AUUCGCGUUUGUCCUUAACGGCGAGCCGUAGUGUUUCUUCACCGUGGUAAACAUGGCGCGUACAGGCGGUCAUAUAGCAGCGGACAGUGACCUUCUGAGACAUGCUGAAUAUACAACCACCUCUAACCAGCGGAGUGAAGCAGAUAUUGACAAGCGGAUUGGCAGCACGCUGAUUGCAGUUGGACUCGGUGUUGCUGCAGCAGGACUCGCAGGUCGAUAUGCUUUCCACUUAUGGAAACCACUUGGUCAAGUUCUUACAGAAACUGCCAAUAAGUUUCCCUCUUCGGCAUUCUCGGCUUAUUACAAAGGUGGAUUUGAGCAGAAGAUGACGAAGCGGGAAGCCAGUCUCGUUCUAGGGAUCAGUCCCACGAGCGCCAAGGCAAAGGUGCGAGAAGCCCAUCGGAGGAUCAUGGUCCUAAAUCAUCCAGAUAAAGGUGGAUCUCCAUAUUUAGCAGCGAAGAUCAAUGAAGCAAAAGAUCUGUUCGAGUCUGGCCAUCGGAGUUAACCGUCUGCGCUCUUCAAUGCAUCGUUCACUCAGCCAUUUUCUUUUCACUUCCAACCUCUGUUUGCUGUUCCUCCUAAACCACCAGAGCUCCCACUGACCAGUAUCCUCUCAUCUGUGCCGACAUGCUCUGACCCACCCAACUCAGAGACUCUGCAUUGAAGUCUACGCAGACCUGAACUUUAACCGAUAUCACUCAGAAUCAGGCAUCAGACCCGGGUCUUUAAUGUUGAUGGACACAUGUUGUUUAUAGGAAGCAUUCAUGUUUAUUGACAUCAUUAUUAAAGCUGCACUGUAAAUGUUUUACGUUUAUAAUCUGUCUGCUGUAAAACCAUCACUUUAGUUUGUCUUUUGCAAAAGUGUGCAUGCCAGAUGCACUAAUGCCUGUAAAAUAUUAUUUAUAAAUAUAGAAUAAAUUAAUAGUAUCUUUAA